AUGUUGGCCAGUAGUGACUUUUACCAGACCAAGACAAAUGAGAAAAGUAAGAAGAGUGUAGAGAUUGUUUAUGAAGUAAAAGCUAUUCGUUUCCACUUUAAAGGAGUAUCUUGUAUUUUCCUCUCGAAACCCCAGUGUUCUUACCUGGAAGAUGAGGCUGACAACGACAUUACCUACCUCACAGAACUGUCUCCAGGUGUAAAGGUGACCAUGCACAAGGCAGAGAGCCCCGAACAGUGCCUCAUGCAGUCAGGGCCCCACAAUGUGAACUACUGCUGUCGCUUUGGUACGAAUCGAAGUCCAUUUCCUCUACGGCAUCCUCACCGUAGGAACCUGAAGAGUCGAUCUGACGUGGGCGACGAAGGCCUCUCAAUCCUUCUGGACUCAAAACCUUUUAGGGGCUGUGCCUGUGAGGACAAAGGCCAGUGCUUCUGUGAUGGGACCAAGGGGGAGAAGGGGGAUAAAGGUUUUCCUGGACCCCCUGGGUCUCCUGGCCAGAAAGGAUUCCCAGGUCCUGAAGGCGUGCCUGGACCACGGGGACCCAAGGGCUCUCCAGGACUUCCAGGACUCACUGGUCCCAAAGGUGUAAGGGGAAUAACUGGAUUACCAGGAUUUUCGGGUCCUCCCGGACUUCCAGGCACCCCGGGCCAUCCUGGACCUUAUGGAAUGGCUGGUUUACCAGGAUGCAAUGGUUCUAAGGGCGACCGAGGGUUUCCGGGACUUCGUGGGACACCAGGCUACCCAGGGAUCCUGGGUGCUCCUGGCUUGAAAGGAGAAAAGGUAAGUCACAUGGUUUUUUAACUCGAUGGAAAAGGGGACCCCGGGUGGCCAGGAACUCCAGGAUUCCAGGGUUUGCCAGGCCUCCCGGGUUUUCCCGGACCCGUCGGCCCACCUGGCCCUCCAGGAUUCUUUGGCUUUCCAGGAACCAUGGGGCCUCCAGGAUUUAAGGGACACAUGGGAGAUAACAUGAUCGGACAAAAAGGAGAGCGGGGCGUGAAAGGACUGGCAGGACCCCCUGGACUACCGGGAACCGUGAUCGUGACGCUGACGGGCCCAGAUAACAGAACGGACCUCAAGGGGGAGAAGGGAGACAAGGGAGCCACGGGCCAAUCUGGACCUCUGGGACCCUCAGGACCACCUGGAGAAUCUUAUGGAUCAGAAAAAGGUGCUCCCGGAGAUCCUGGCCCACAGGGAAAAUCUGGAAAAGAUGGUGCCCCAGGUUUUCCUGGCACAGAGGGAGCCAAAGGCGACAGGGGCCUCCCUGGGUUAGCUGGCGAGGAUGGCAUUAAGGGGUGGAAAGGAGACAUUGGCCCUCCAGGAUUUCGUGGUCCAACAGAAUAUUAUGACGCAUUCCAGGAAAAGGGACACGAGGGAAUCCCAGGUCCACCAGGACCCAAAGGACCUCGUGGCCCACAGGGUCCCACCGGCCCUCCUGGAGUUCCUGGAAAACCCGGUUUAUCAAGGCCUGGCCUCAGAGGAGCCCCCGGACCACCAGGCAUAAAAGGCAAUAAAGGGGAGCGAGGACCCCCAGGAGAGAAUACAGUGGGGUCUCCCGGGUCCUCAGGUUGUCCUGGUUCACCAGGCCCCCCAGGGCCACCGGGACCUCCAGGACCACCAGGUGACAUCGUUUUUCGCAAGGGCCCACCUGGAGGUGGUGGAUUUCCAGGCCAGGUGGGGCCUCCGGGGAUCCCAGGAGUGGAAGGGCCCAAAGGGGAGCCAGGUGACGUGUGCACAGAGUGUCCUUGUGUUCCAGGGCCUCCGGGCCUCCCAGGAUUGCCAGGGUUAGAUGGCGUAAAAGGAACCCCAGGCGGACGAGGGGAAGCUGGCAUUAAAGGAAGCCCAGGGUCCCCAGGAAGCGUGGGUCUCCCAGGAUUUCCAGGAUUCCCAGGUGCUCGGGGUGAUCCAGGACUUAAAGGAGAAAAAGGUGAAGCAUCUCAGCCAGAAGGACAAGUAGGUGCCCCGGGGGAUCCGGGACCCAGAGGACAGCCAGGAAGAAGGGGCUUAGAUGGAAUUCCUGGAACCCCCGGAGUAAAGGGAGUACCAGGACCUAAAGGUGAACCGGCCCUCAGUGGUGAGAAGGGGGACCAGGGUCGUCCAGGAGAUCCUGGCAUCCCUGGGUCCCCAGGACCUGCAGGACCAGCUGGACCACCAGGCUAUGGACCACGGGGAGAGCUUGGUCCAAAGGGUGCCCAAGGCGUUCCUGGAGCCCCUGGACUACCUGGAGAAGCCGGUCCUAGGGGAGAAUUCAGCGUUUCGACACCAGUCCCAGGCCCCCCAGGACCUCUAGGGCCUCCAGGCCAUGCUGGCCCCCGAGGUCCACCUGGUUUCCCUGGACUCCCAGGAAAAUGUGAUAAUCCAGGUGUUCCUGGGCCUGAUGGUGAACCAGGAAUUCCAGGAAUUGGAUUCCCUGGGCCUCCUGGACCUAAGGGAGACCGAGGUUUUCCAGGAACAAAAGGAUCACCAGGUUGUCCUGGAGAAAUGGGAAAGCCAGGGUUACCUGGAAAGCCAGGUGUCCCAGGAGACAAGGGAGAACCAGGACUAGCGAUCCCUGGAGAACCAGGAAUACCAGGUUUUCCAGGAGAAAAAGGCAAUUCUGGGGAAAAUGGAGAAAUUGGACUCCCUGGAUUUCCAGGUCUCCCUGGAAUUCCGGGAACUGGAGGGCUUGAUGGACCACGAGGGGAUCCAGGGCAGCCUGGACCACCUGGAGAAAAAGGACUCCCAGGAAGAUGCACAGUGGGUCCCAGGGGAGCCCAAGGACUUCCGGGCUUAAAUGGAUUGAAAGGGCAACAAGGCAGAAGAGGUGAAAUAGGACUAAAGGGAGACCCAGGUAUUCCAGGCUUGGAUAGGCCAGGAUUUCCUGGAGAACCUGGACCACCAGGAAUACCGGGUCGUCGAGGUGAGAUGGGACCACCUGGUCAAAAAGGAUAUCCAGGAAAUCCAGGAUUUUUAGGGCCACCAGGUGAAAGAGGAACCGUUGGGAUGAUAGGCUAUCCUGGACACAUCGGCCUUCCGGGGCCUGCUGGGAACCCAGGCCCCCCGGGACGGAAGGGUAGCAUUGGAAUUCCCGGAGCGAAGGGUGAGAGAGGACCUUCAGGAGCCAAGGGGGAAGAAGGGGACAAAGGACCUCCUGGGCCUUCUCAAAUAUCCCUCUUAGUGGGGGACAAAGGGGAACCAGGCCUCAAAGGAUUUGCAGGAAGGCCGGGGGAGAAAGGAGACAGAGGCAUUCCAGGGUUACCAGGUUUCCAAGGACUCGAAGGGCCCCCCGGACCACCAGGACCACCAGGCCCCAGAGGAGAUCCAGGCAGCACUGGGAAUCCUGGAGAACCAGGACCACGUGGUGUGCCAGGAAGUAUGGGGAACAUGGGGGUGCCAGGAACUAAAGGAAAGAAGGGAACUUUGGGACUCCCAGGUCCACCUGGAAGACCAGGUCUCCCAGGUAUUCAUGGUCUCCAAGGAAAUAAGGGAGAGCCAGGUUAUUCAGAAGGUACAAGGCCAGGACCACCAGGACCAAAGGGGGAACCAGGAUUGCCAGGUGCCGUGGGAAAGAAAGGAGAAAGAGGGCCGCCCGGCGCACCUGGACAUUCAGGGCCUGCUGGACCGGAGGGAGUCCCUGGAGAUCCCGGGAGUCCUGGCCACCCAGGAAAGCCAGGUCCUGCUGGUGAUCCAGGGUUUAAAGGAAUCAGAGGCUUCCCUGGCUUUCCAGGAACAAAAGGCCCUCCAGGUCCUCCAGGAUUCCCAGGAAAUCCUGGACCAAUGGGUAUGAGAGGUAACCAAGGACGUGAUGGGAUUCCUGGGCCAGCAGGAGAAAAGGGAGAAUCGGGUUUGCUGGGGGCACAUCCAGGCCCAAAAGGGAACCCUGGUGCUCGAGGGGCCAAAGGAGACAGGGGCGCCCCAGGCCUGCCUGGCCUCCCCGGCAGGAAAGGAGCAGUGGGAGACGUUGGGCCGCGAGGCCCCACAGGUGUGGCCGGGCUCCCGGGGCCACCAGGGUUUCCUGGUGCACUCGUCCCUGGCCAAAAAGGAAAUCGAGGCCCACCAGGCUCAAGAGGAAACCCAGGUGAACCCGGUCCCCCUGGACCUCCAGGGAGUCACGUAAAAGGCAUCAAAGGAGACAAGGGAUUUAUGGGCAAGCCUGGCCCAAGAGGACCACCUGGAACUGUAGGAGACCCAGGGCCACCGGGUCACCUGGGAGCACCAGGUACUCCAGGUCUGCCGGGGCUCAGAGGUGAUUCUGGAUUCCAAGGAUUUCCUGGCAUGAAAGGAGAAAAGGGUGACCCAGGAUUUCUGGGAUCAGUUGGACCUCCAGGGCAAACUGGGCCAGAAGGACCACCAGGUCCACGUGGAGACCCCGGCACGGUUCAGAUCAUCUCCCUUCCAGGAAGCCCAGGGCCGCCAGGCCAACCUGGAGAACCAGGGAUGCAAGGAGAACCUGGGCCACCAGGGCCACCGGGAACCCCAGGACCCUGUGGGCCAAGAGGUAAACCAGGCAAGGAUGGAAAACCAGGAACUCCUGGACCACCUGGAGAAAAAGGCAACAAAGGCUGUAAAGGAGAACAAGGACCACCUGGAUUCGAUGGACUGCCAGGUUUGAAGGGGAAACCUGGAGACACCGGACCACCUGCAACCAGGACAGCGCUGAGAGGCUUCAUUUUCACCCGGCAUAGUCAGACCACAGCAAUUCCUUCCUGUCCAGAAGGGACAGAGCCACUGUACAGUGGGUUUUCUCUUCUUUUUGUACAAGGAAAUGAACGAGCCCAUGGACAAGACCUGGGAACUCUUGGAAGCUGCCUACAGCGAUUUACCACAAUGCCAUUCUUAUUCUGUAACAUCAAUGAUGUAUGUAAUUUUGCAUCUCGAAAUGAUUAUUCAUACUGGCUGUCAACACCAGCUCUGAUGCCAAUGGACAUGGCUCCAAUUACUGGCAGGGCCCUGGAGCCUUAUAUUAGCAGAUGUACUGUCUGCGAAGGUCCUGCGAUGGCCAUAGCCGUUCACAGCCAAACCACCGACAUCCCCUCAUGUCCCCAGGGCUGGAUUUCUCUAUGGAAAGGCUUUUCUUUCAUCAUGUUCACGAGCGCAGGUUCUGAGGGUGCUGGGCAAGCAUUGGCGUCCCCUGGAUCCUGCUUGGAAGAAUUCCGAGCCAGUCCAUUUAUCGAAUGCCAUGGAAGAGGAACAUGCAACUACUAUUCAAAUUCCUACAGUUUCUGGUUGGCUUCGUUAAACCCAAAAAGAAUGUUCAGAAAACCUAUUCCAUCAACUGUGAAAGCUGGGGAGUUAGAAAAAAUAAUAAGUCGCUGUCAAGUGUGCAUGAAGAGAAGACAUUGAAGAAAUCGAAACAGCAGAACUGUUAUUUUUUUAUCCUAAAUAACCAACUAAUGAUGCAGAACAUGCAUUUAUUUAGGUAUUUUUCUCUAACCAAGCAAUAUCGUUCUAGAACGGCUUAGUACAAAAUUUCUAUUUGUUUUCCCAUACAACAAAACAUUUAAGCUAGUUCUGUGAUCCUGGUCUGAAAU